CCCAGGGUCAAGACGUCCGGCCUUCGGGGCCCGAGCCAGGCCGCCAGGUCUCCUGGGCGGCACUGAGCAGGCGAGUGGGAGGGCUCGGGUCUGCGGACACUUAAGCCGGGUCGCCGCAUCGCCGGAUCGCCCGCCAUCACCUCCGCCGCUGCACUGGGAGCUGGCGGGGAUGGAGCGGGAGGCGUCGCCGUGGGGCCUGGAGCCCCGGGAUGGGCGAAGUCCUGACGAAGUGGGGAGCCCGGAGGGGUCUCUCAAAGGCAACACGAGUGAGAAUGAGGAAGAGGAAAUUUCUCAGCAAGAAGGCAAUGGGGACUAUGAAGUUGAAGAAAUACCGUUUGGGCUUGAACCCCAAAGCCCUGGGUUUGAGCCACAAAGCCCAGAGUUCGAAUCCCAAAGCCCCAGGUUUGAGCCUGAAAGCCCAGGGUUUGAGUCCCGAAGCCCUGGGUUUGUGCCCCCAAGCCCUGAGUUUGCACCCAGAAGCCCUGAAUCAGAUCCUCAGAGUUCUGAGUUUGAAUCCCAGAGCCCUAAUUAUGAGCCCCAGAGUCCUGGCUAUGAUCCCAAGAGUCCUGGCUAUGAACCCCGGAGCCCUAGGUAUGACCCCAAAAGCCCUGGGUAUGAUCCCAAGAGCCCUGCCUUUGAAUCUCAAAGCCCCAGGUAUGAAUCCCAGAGUCCAGGGUACAAACCACAGAACUCUGGACAUGAACUUCAGAAUCCUGAGUUCAAAACCCGUAGCCCUGGAUUUGAAGCUCAAAGUUCCAAUGCAGAGAUGCUUCUGGACCCCGAGAAAAAAAAUCCCAUGAGCAUCCCCCUAGGAGUCCACCCCCUGGACUCCUUCACUCAGGGAUUUGGGGAGCAACCCACAGGAGCACUGCCUUUAGGGUCACCUUUUGAUAUGCCCACAGGGGCCCUGCUGGCAACACCCCAGUUUGAGAUGCUCCAGAAUCCCCUGAAUCUGACAGGAACCCUUCGGGGUCCAGGCCGUAGGGGUGGCCGGGCCAGGGGCGGGCAGGGCCCUCGGCCUAACAUCUGUGGCAUCUGCGGGAAGAGCUUUGGGCGAGGCUCCACCCUGAUCCAGCACCAGCGCAUCCAUACUGGUGAGAAGCCUUAUAAAUGUGAGGUCUGCAGCAAGGCCUUCUCCCAGAGCUCCGACCUCAUCAAACACCAGCGCACACAUACCGGCGAGCGGCCCUACAAAUGUCCGAGGUGCGGCAAGGCCUUCGCCGACAGUUCCUACCUACUUCGCCACCAGCGCACCCACUCUGGCCAGAAGCCCUACAAGUGCCCACACUGUGGCAAGGCCUUCGGCGACAGCUCCUACCUCCUGCGGCACCAGCGCACCCACAGCCACGAGCGGCCCUACAGCUGCCCUGAGUGUGGCAAGUGCUAUAGCCAGAACUCAUCCCUGCGCAGUCACCAGAGGGUGCACACCGGACAACGACCUUUCAGUUGCGGCAUCUGUGGCAAGAGCUUCUCUCAGCGGUCAGCCCUUAUUCCCCACGCCCGCAGCCACGCCCGGGAAAAGCCCUUCAAGUGCCCGGAGUGCGGCAAGCGCUUUGGCCAGAGCUCGGUUUUGGCCAUCCAUGCCCGCACCCACCUGCCAGGCCGCACGUACAGCUGCCCCGACUGCGGCAAGACCUUCAACCGCUCCUCCACCCUCAUUCAGCACCAGCGCUCACACACUGGCGAGCGGCCCUACCGGUGCGCCGUGUGCGGCAAGGGCUUCUGUCGCUCCUCCACGCUGCUGCAGCACCACCGGGUGCACAGCGGGGAGCGGCCCUACAAGUGCGAUGACUGCGGAAAGGCCUUCUCACAGAGCUCCGACCUCAUCCGCCACCAGCGGACCCACGCGGCCGGCCGGCGCUGAUCAUGGCUGGCAAGGGUGGGCAGAAGAGGAGAGGACUGGAGCUAUAGAAAACUUGAGAGGAUAGAAAAGCUGGAGAAGAGAGGGGUGGAGGAUUCUAGAAGAGGGGUCAGGGUGCAGGAGCUACAAGCCCUCCGGAUGUAUGAGAAGUGGGCUGUGAAGAGGGGUUGGAGGAGGCCAAACAGGCAACAAGCCUGGAGAGAUGCCUGCCGCUUUUGUCAGCCAGCGGCAGAGUCCGUUAGUGGAGGCCUGGCUUGGCAAAGUGCUAGCUAGAUGGGGAGGGGGGUGGGCAAGGGACUGUCACUUAGUAGAGUAGGGUAGCUUAGAUUGGUAGCUGCUGAGACCCACAUGGAGUCAGGAUGAGGGCAAAAGGCAGGUAGGUAGGUGGGGACUGGGGCCUCAGGGUAGGGCCUGGGCCUCACAGUGCAAACCCCAUCCUACCUUGUCUUCCUCAGGCUUUGGAGCCCCUGAGUUUGAGUUCAAUAAAAAUUUUUAUGUGAUAAAA